AUGGCACUAAUAGGCUUAGGCUACAUUGAAAUUUUCCUAGGUUUGUUCUGUUUUCUUUUGUUUUAUUGCUUUAGACAUUCAAAUUAUCCAAUAAAUUUUCCAAUUUUUGGUAUGUUACCAGGGUUACUUUACAACAUACAACAAAUUCAUGAAAGGUGCACUAUGUCAAUGAGAGCCUCAGGGGGCACAUUUUUAUUCAAAGGUCUAUGGUUUGCAAAUAUGGACACAUUAACAACAGUUGAUCCAGCUAAUGUUCAUUAUAUCAUGAGUGCAAAUUUCAUGAAUUUUCCUAAAGGUCCUAAAUUUAAAGAGAUAUUUGAUGUUUUAGGUAAUGGUAUAUUCAACGCGGAUUUGGAUAUGUGGAAGGUUCAGAGGAAGAUGACGCGUGCCCUCAUAACUCAUCAUGAGUUCUACAAGUUUUUAGUCAAGACUAGUCGCGAUAAGGUGGAGAAAGGACUAAUUCCGGUUAUUGAUCAUGUUUGUAACAAGGGUUGUGUUGUGGAUUUGCAAGAUUUGUUUCAAAGGUUCACUUUUGACACAACUUGUAUAUUGGUUACUGGAUAUGAUCCUGGAUGUGUAUCGAUAGAUUUCCCUGAUGUUCCCUUCUCGAAAGCAAUGGAUGAUGCUGAAGAAGCUAUUCUUUUUCGUCAUGCAUUGCCUGAGAUUGUUUGGAAGUUGCAAAGAUGGCUUAGAAUUGGAGAAGAAAAGAAGAUGAUUAAUGCUCAGGAGGUAUUGGACUAUACUAUAGAUAAAUACAUUUCCAAGAAGCGCGAAGAUUUGAAGGAAGGAGACGAUUUGAAAGAAAGUGAAGAGGGAUUCGAUCUCUUGACAUUUUACCUAAAGGAUGAAAAAAGUUUGGGAGUUAAAUGUGAUGACAAGUUCUUGAGGGACAAUAUAUUGAAUCUUAUGAUAGCAGGGCGCGACACGACUAGCUCUGCUCUCACAUGGUUUAUUUGGCUUGUGUCAACAAAUCCACAAGUGGAAAAAAAGAUUAGGGAUGAAAUCAACUUUGUUAUCCCUAAUGAAGAAGUUGAAAACUUUAGGCUUUUUAAUGUUCAAGAAUUGAACAAACUUGUUUACUUACAUGGUGCAUUGUGUGAUUCACUAAGGCUAUAUCCACCGGUGCCAUUCCAACACAAGGAGCCUCUUGAGGAAGACAUACUCCCAAGUGGACACAACGUUCAUCCAAAGUUAAAGAUUAUGUUUUCAUUGUACGCGAUGGCGAGAAUGGAGUCGAUUUGGGGGGAAGAUUGUUUGGAAUUUAAGCCAGAGAGAUGGAUUUCAGAACGAGGGACGAUUAAACAUGAGCCAUCAUACAAGUUUUUGGCUUUUAAUGCUGGACCAAGAACUUGUCUUGGUAAAGAAGUGGCUUUCACUCAAAUGAAGGCUGUGGCUGCUGCUAUUAUUCACAAUUAUCAAGUUGAACUUGUUAAAGGGCACAUUGUUGAACCAAAUGCUUCUAUUAUUCUCUACAUGAGACAUGGUUUUAAAGUUAGGAUUAAUAAGAGGUGGACUUAAUUAUUAAGGAUAAUAUUGUAUGUAUCAAGUAUA